AUGCAACAUCAAGGCCAGACCAGCUCUCCUUCACCUACUCAUUAUUCCCCUGCGGCCCUUGCAGCAGCCGCUGCCGCUGCAAUCGCCUUGGCUAAUUCCUCAGCCUCUGGAUCUCAGACUUCUAAUACUUCGAAUGGCCAUUCUAGCGUGCCUGAGGGUACUAAUCGUGAUUCUCUGGCAUUUUUAUCUUUGGCUUCUCAUCCCUGCUCCGGUCAUGAUAACACCGAAAAGAGUAUUUCCCCUUCUGCCCUCUUCUGUAGGCCAUCUUCCGCCGCUCCUGAGCAAUAUAGUGAUCACGGCAUAGCGACUAAUAUUCCUAUGUGUCGUAAGCUAUCUGCCAGUUGCCUAUUUUCUUCGGCAGCCAAUAAUCCCAGUUCUCGCUCGGUGCUUUCCUCUGCAGGUCUUGCCUCUAUGCUCACUGCUGCUGCUGCUGCUUCUGCAGGUGGCGGUCAGUCUUUUCAAUGCAUUCAUCAGCAGCCAGUCGACUCCCGCUCCGGACCACUUCAUGCUUUUCUGGCCGGUGUUGCUGGACAUUCUCAUCAAAUGACGCAUUUUACCGAAGCAGCAGCUGCGGCUGCGGCCGCCGCAACUUCGUCAUCUACUUCACACAGGCCCGCCUCACCUUUCACUUCAUCAAGUAAUCACCAGCAUUCCUCCGCCUCCAAUCGUUCCUCGACCGUUUCUCCAGCUUGCGCUCCCGCUUUGGCCAACGUUCUUUCUGUUUCUUCCAAGGCUGGUCUACAAGUUGGCCUCCUUCAAACUCAAGUUUCGCCACUGGGGAUCUGCCAUAGACACCAG